AUGUACAGGCAAAUCAAAGUCCAUCAAGAUGAUUGGGAUCUCCAGAGAAUCCUGUGGGUGGACGAGCACUCCAAGAUCAUCCCAUGUCAACUCACAACAGUCACGUAUGGUACCAGAUCAGCUCCAUUUCUGGCUGUUCGCAUAAUGAUCCAGCUAGUGAAGGAUGAGGGUCAAAAAUUUCCUCUAGCUGUUGAUCCACUAUUAAAAGGAAGAUAUGUGGACGAUAUUUUUGGAGGUGCUGACACAGUGAGUCAACUGAUAGACAUCUCAACUCAAGUCAGACAACUCUGCAUGGCAGGUGACUUCCCGUUGGCGAAAUGGCACAACAACUCAAUCCAAUUCCUUCAGUCAAUCACAGACAACUCAUUAGAAGAGCAGAUCCAUUCAUUUGAGAGCUGUAAAACAAAAUUACUUGCGCUCUCGUGGAUCCCAGCGAACGACUCAUUUAAGUUCAACUCAAAACCUCCUCGUGAGAAGUCCAAGCUCACGAAGAGAAUAAUUUUAUCAGAAACAGCACAACUCUACGAUCCACUUGGAUUUUUAGCACCUUUCAUUGUCAGAGCAAAGAUGUUGCUACAAGAAAUCUGGCUAGAUAAACUCUCAUGGGAUGACCAAGCCCCAGAUCACAUCAUCACCAAGUGGACCAGCUUCAGAUCAGAACUCUCACACGUUUCAGACCUCUCAAUUCCACGAUGGUUAAAGAUUACUCAGAAAUCGACCGUGGAACUUCAUGGAUUUUCAGUCGCCUCACAACCAGCUAUGGCAACAGUUGUUUAUAUACGGGCUACUCAUCCAGAUCAUGGAACUUGUUCAACUAUAGUCUGCUCAAAGUCGAAGGUUGCUCCAUUGAAGAAGAUGUCUAUUCCUAGACUAGAACUCACCGCAGCAUUGCUGCUUGCCAGACUGAUCACUUAUGUAAGGAACAACUUAGACAUUCAGCCAACUCAAAUAGUAUGUUGGACAGACUCCUCAGUAACUCUGACCUGGAUUCAGUCUCAUUCAUCCCGUUGGAAGGAGUUUGUAAGAAAUAGAGUGUCAGCAAUUCAAGAUCUCACUUCUAUCAGCGUUUGGAGGUUUGUACCUGGCAAACAAAAUCCAGCGGAUUGUGCUUCUCGAGGUAUCAGCAUAUCCCAGCUUCGGAAGCACCCCCUGUGGUGGACAGGUCCACAGUGGUUAACAGCAAACGAAUCAUCAUGGCCAACUCAAUCAUCAGUGUACGAUUUAAAAGCUCAGCAAGAAGAGCGACCCGUGAUCACGUUAAAUACUCAGACAAUUCACCAUGAUUAUCAAUGGGAUAUGAUAUACAGACAUUCUCGUCUAAUCAAAUUGCUCAGAGUGACUGCAAUUUCCUUCAGGUUCAGCCAACUCCUUAGACGAGUACCUCAGUCAUCUCUUACCUUUCCUCUCACGCCACGAGAUUUAGAGAGAGCAAGGAUUUUUUGGAUAAAGGCAACUCAAGAAUCGUACUUCUCACAGGAAAUCAAAUAG